AUGUUGCUUCUGCUACUUGCGUUGCUGGUUGCUCUGUCCCUAGGUGGGAACAACACAGUUGGGUUCAAGGAGCCUGUCUAUUUCCAAAUAAUCCAGAUAUCAUCAUUUUAUAACCAUUCCUGGGCAGAGAACUGGCUCUCAGGAUGGUUGGGUGAAUUGCAGAUUGAUCGCUGGGAUAGUGAAUUGAACACGCUUGUUUUCUUGCAGUCUUGGUCCAGAGACAGCUUCAGCCACAAGGAGUUGGUGGACAUACAAGCAUCUCUUCAUGCACACUUCAUUAGAUUUACUCAGGAAACUCAGACUUUUGCCCGUAAAUUGCAGUUGGAAUACCCUUUUGUGUUGCAGGUGGCAUCAAGAUGUGAGCUGCAUUCUGGAGAAGCCUCAGUAGGCUUUGUACGUGAAGCUUAUCAAGGAAUUGAUUUUUUGAGCUUGGAGAACAAUUCAUGGCUGCCAUCUCCACAGGGUGGAAGUAGGGCCCAGCAGACCUGUCAAUUACUGAAUUUAUAUGAAGGCCUCAAGGAAAGAAUUCACUGGCUCCUCAGUGAUGCCUGCCCACGUUUUGCCUUGAGACUUCUUGAUGCAGGCAAGGAAUAUCUACAACGACAAGAAAAGCCCGAGGCCUGGCUGUCCAAUGGCCCCAGCCCUGGUCCAGGCCAACUGCUGCUGGUGUGCCGUGUCUCUGGUUUCUACCCAAAGCCUGUGUGGGUGACAUGGAUGCGUGAUAACCGGGAACAGCCUGGCACUGAGCAAAGUGACAUUCUGCCCAAUGCUGAUGGGACAUGGUAUCUCCGUGUAACUCUGGAAGUGACAGCUGGAGAGGCAGAUGGCCUGUCAUGUCAAGUAAAGCACAGCAGUCUGGGAGACCAGGAUAUCAUCCUCCACUGGGGGCAUCACAACUCCGUUGGCUUUAUCCUCCUGGCAGUGAUGCUGCUCCUGGCUCUGCUGACAGGUCUUGCAUUUUGGUCUAAGAAGCGAUGGUGA